GAGUGUUGUUGCUGCCGCCGCCGCCGCCGCGGCUGCUGCUGCUAUGUUUCAUUGCAUCCCGCUGUGGCGGUGCAACCGUCAUGUGGAGAUUAUCGAUAGGCGCCACUGCUCGCUGGCCGCCGUGCCUGAGGAAAUCUACCGCUACAGCCGCAGCUUGGAAGAGCUCCUGCUGGACGCCAACCAGCUCCGCGAGCUGCCCAAGCCUUUUUUUCAGCUUGUAAAGUUACGAAAACUUGGGCUUAGUGAUAACGAAAUUCAGCGACUUCCUCCAGAGAUAGCGAACUUCAUGCAGCUAGUAGAACUUGAUUUGUCUCGAAAUGAUAUUCCUGAAAUACCUGAAAGCAUCUCCUUUUGCAAAUCAUUGCAGGUAGCAGACUUCAGUGGGAAUCCCCUCACCAGGCUGCCUGAAAGCUUUCCUGAAUUGCAGAAUCUAACAUGUCUCUCUGUGAAUGAUAUCUCUCUACAAGCAUUACCUGAAAAUAUUGGAAACCUAUAUAACCUGGCAUCACUGGAAUUAAGAGAGAAUCUGCUGACAUAUUUACCUGAGUCAGUUGCCCAGCUGCAUAGAUUAGAAGAGCUGGACCUAGGGAACAAUGAACUUUAUAAUUUGCCAGAAACUAUAGGUGCACUUUUUAAUCUUAAAGACCUCUGGCUGGAUGGAAACCAGCUGGCUGAACUACCUGAGGAAAUAGGAAGCCUGAAAAACCUGCUAUGUCUGGAUAUCUCUGAAAACAAACUGGAAAAACUCCCUGAAGAGAUAAGUGGUCUGACGUCUUUAACUGACCUACUCAUCUCUCAGAAUCUUCUUGAGGUGCUACCAGAUGGUGUAGGAAAAUUAAAAAAGCUAUCCAUCCUGAAGGUUGACCAGAACCGGCUUGUUCAGUUAACAGAAGCAGUAGGAGACUGUGAAAGCCUUACCGAAUUAGUUCUCACAGAAAACCAGCUGUUGACUUUGCCGAAAAGCGUUGGAAGGCUAAAGAAGCUGAAUAUAUUGAACGUUGACAGAAACAAACUAGUGGCUUUACCCAAAGAGAUUGGUGGAUGUUGCAGUCUAAAUGUUUUUUCAGUACGGGACAACCGGUUAUCUAGGAUUCCUCCUGAGAUAUCACAAGCCACAGAACUUCAUGUCCUAGAUGUAGCUGGAAACAGGUUGCUACAUCUUCCCAUGUCGCUUACUAGCUUGAAGCUGAAAGCUUUGUGGCUGUCUGAUAACCAGUCCCAGCCUCUGCUUACGUUCCAGACAGACACAGAUCCUGAGAUAGGAGAAAAGAUUUUAACGUGUGUUUUACUUCCUCAAAUGCCUUCUGAGCCUGGUUGCCAAGAUCUCCUGCCCCGAUGCGGUGCGUUGGAGAGCUUGGUAAACGAAAUGUCGGAUGAAACAUGGAAUGAACGGGCAGUAAACAGAGUCAGUGCAAUCCGCUUUUUAGAAGAUGAAAAAGAUGAAGAGGAUAACGAAAUGAGGACACUUCUAAGGCGAGCCACUCCUCAUCCUGGGGAAUUAAAGAACAUGAAAAAGACAGUGGAGAAUUUACGGAAUGAUAUGAAUGCUGCUAAAGGACUGGAUUCAAACAAAAAUGAGGUCAAUAAUGCCAAUGACAGAGUGACCACUUCUGUGUAGAGACUCACGUCCUCCAGAUUUUUGCCUCCUGUGUCUUCCCCCUGCUGUCGAAUCGUUACUGUUGCAUCCCAGGAUACCAUUCAAUCAACUCUCAUGUGUUUAACCAGAAAUCUGAUCCGACUCAUCUCGUCCUUGUGUCAUUUCUUUGGAAGGUGCUUCUCAUUGGAAGAAAAGUGCCUUAUUUCAGUCCAAGCCUUUGAACACAGAGGGCCGUAGAGCACUGAGAAAUGUCCCCCACGGUCUUGUUCUUUGCUUGCACAGCUCCUGUUUGUUUGCUGGUGAAUUGUUCCCAUAAUUUCCAGUGUUGUCGUUUUAAUAGAUUUUAAGGUGUUUUGUUUCUUUUUUGAACAAGGGGAAUACACUAUUAUACAAUCAUGCAUCUCAUACACAGGGGAGUUGUCUGCUGGUGGGGUUUUUUUUUGCCAUUAAGGGCUGGGGUUGCCCUGUUUGACCUACAAUGAAAAAGGUAGUUAUAUGGAGAACUGAUAUGUUUUUACCUCUCUGGCAGCUCAGAUGGUGUAAAUUUUAUAAUUUUGUAUAGGAGUUUCAUAACAAAAAUGAUGUAUUUCAUUUUUUUAAAGAAAUUUUAAACGGUACAUUUUACUAUUUCUGCAAGAUUAAUUCCAUGGAUAUUCAUGUUUGCUAUAUCUACAUGUGCCUUAAUACAGCCUAUAUCAGAUUAAACAAAAAUUUAGGAACAGUGAGAUUAGUUUAAAGAAGGGUGACUCUUUAGAUGUGCUAUUUUGCAAACAAUUAACUUUUAACUUCCCUUUGCAAAAAAAAAAAAACCACCCUCUUUUUUUUUAAAAAAAAAAUCUUCAUUCUAUGAUGGUGAUGACACUAGAUGCUCAAAUUGCCACUGCCUUAUGAUAUGCACUCACACACUUUUUGUAAAAAAAAUCUGUUCAUGAAGAAAUCAUUUUGGCUGCAGAAGCAUAGCAGUCAGUAGAAUUUCAGAGGCCCACCUUUAGAUGCGCCAUUUGUAAAGAAAUUUGUAAAAUUGAACAAAAUGCACAAGAACAAGUGCGUAAGUUGUGAAAAUGAAUGUUAUGUACUAUACAGGCAUGAUAUUCUCAAACAUUCUUGGAAGGUUUUAUAUCUCUAUAAAACCUAAUAAAACUUUUAAAAAAAUCUUAGUGAUUCAUUAACUUUUUAUUCUGCUACUAAAAUUGCUACUAAAAGGAUGUAUACUUUAAUUCAUUUGAGUUGUAUUUCAUACUACCUACUACUCAGUGCUGACCCUGUUGCUUUCAAAUGUAACUCAGAUUUAUUUUGAAAUGUAAGCAGUAAAUUCCUGGGGGUGAUACCAAAAGUUGAUUUGCUGGAUAAAUCUGCUUCUUUCAUACUCAGAAAUAACAGAUGUUGCUUUACAAGGUAGCUUUGUUAGGUCCAGUGGCCUGGCCAAAGAAUGGAUAAAAGGACAGUUCAGCUUCUAGACAAACUUAAAUUCUUGUUAUAACAACACUCAUUUUGUGUUCCUGGUU